AGUAAGGUUUUGACUAAGAACGAAAGCACAGACAAGUCGCGGCGAACAAGUUGAGCGGGAAACACGCAUUGAACGCAUGCCGAAUAAUGCUUCGAAGUUAUUGCAUUGCUUUUAGCCAAUUUGUGCGCUACUUGACUGCGAUGCUAAAGUGUUGAUUGUGACUGAAUUACAUUUAUGAAUUGAAUGAAGUGUGUUUAAUUGAAACAAAAUAAUAAUCGGAAAAAUUUUCAUCUUUGACCGUGUUUUGCACGCAUUUUACUCUUUUAUAAAUUGGAUUAUUUGGUGCGGUUGUUACUGGACGAAAUUCGGCAUAAGUUUACUUUUGUUAUGUAAAAAUGGUUCUGUCUUAAUUGAAAAUUUUUGCACGCGGCCGUUUUGCGCAUGUAGUUCCCACACAUCCAACGAAAUUUAAAAAGAAAGUUCCGUGUGGGGUUGGGUUGUAGCUGAGACAUAAUUAAUUACCUACCAAUUAAAUGUUGCAAAGAAAUUUAAAUAUAGAAAUAACAAAAAAUAAAACUAUGCUUGAAAAUGAAUACAUAUGAAUAACCCUGCAUUUAAAAUUGUUACAAAGGAAUAUAUUAUAAGGUGAAAAGUGAAAUUUAAUCCUUUAUACAUACAUAUAUAAAAUACAACUGAACAUUUAAAAGAAUAUCUGAGUUUAGUUAGCUAUAUUAGUCCUAGCCCCAAAACUGGGAUCAUAUUUAGAGAAUUUCAGACAAGUGUAUUGUGAUGCAUUAAUUAAUACAUUUUCCCGUUUAAAAAAUCUGAUGAUGAGUGAUGAAUAAAUAUAUAUAUGUUUGUACAAUACACAAAAUUCAUUAAUAUAUUUACAUAUGUACGUCUUUUAAACUUGAAAUUUGACAAACGUUCCUCGAUAUUCAAUUAUAGGCUGUGAGCAGCUCAAAUGACCAAUAAAUGCUUAGUUAUAACACCAAAUUUGCAAAAACAAUAACAAAAUAUUUUAAUGUUUAAAGAAUUAAAUACAAAUCAAAAUCAGCUUUCUACAAUUCUUUAAAAUAGUACGAGGAUCAGCUUUAUCAAUCAACAUCAGUGUAAGCAACCUUAAACAACAGUUGAACCUUAAAGAAUUAGAAAGAGUACCAAAGAUUGCAACAACAAUUUUUGGUUAAUAAAGCAACAUACCUUACAAUAACAAUAAUAUAUCGUGUAUUAUAAAACUGAUUUAAAAGUCAGCCUGAACCACAUCUAACAACGCUCAACACAUCACCACUUGCCACACAUCAUGCUGGCGGACAAUAACAGUCACAAAGAGAAUUUUGCUACACCUGCGCUCUCCAUGUCAAUUAUAAGCAAGUCCGCUAUGAUUGCUAUUAUUCGUGAGGAUGAAGAUGAUACGAAAGAGGAAGAUGGUGAUGGAGACGAUGAAGAUGAAGAUGAGUAUGGAGAGGACUAUUAUGCAACGGCCGAAUCGCCAUUGUUACCCACCAACAACAAAGACAAUACCAAACCAGCGGAAACGAAUAAUAAUAACAGCAACAACAAUAAUAAUAACACCGUACCUAACCACAUAUCAGCGAAAGCACACCAACACAACUAUACAGCCGUCGAUACCACCGCAAACUCACCGAUCCACCAAAGUUUCACAGAAACACACAAUCACAAUCACAGCCUUUACAACUCGACUAACAUUACAGCCGCCUCGAGAGAGCCACUUUCAGCUAACAAACUUUAUCUGGAUGCAGUUGCACCGUCAUCAUCGCCUACCUCAUCGGGACCGAGUAUUUACGGCACACCGGCCAGUGAAUGUCGGCGUCGCAAUUCGGUCGCAUCUUUACAGUUAUUUGAUGGUAAUACGGUGACUAUAACCACCACCACAUCGACAACGAUUGAUGGCAGCGGUCAAACUGAAGAGAGCAUAAUCGAUUUGGACGACAACGCGGAUAAUACGGACAGCGAUAACUAUAGCGAAUCGAACGAUAACAGUUAUUCCACACCCACCACAGCGACACUGUAUAGCAAUUAUCACUACACCCAAACUACUACACAUACACACCAAUAUAAUUCAUAUCCACAAGACUUCUUCUCUAGCAUCGAGGGAGAACGACCGCAACAUAGCUCGAAAAUGAAGACGAAAGUCGACGCUGUUGGACGUAUAACCGGAGAGUGGGGACGCUGGCAAUUACGUACUGUAUUACUGAUAUUUUUGUGUAAGAUACCAUCAUCGUGGUUUAUGGCGUGUAUAAUAUUCACAGCUCCCGCACCGCGACAUGGUGAAUUCUUUUGUAAACCGCCGAAUACGGUGGGAGCACAAAAUGACACACUAUGGAUAAAGGUCUCACAUCCACAAAAGGAAGAGGUGGAUGAUCAAGAAUUUAGUAUAGAUUUUUGUAAUAUAUACCAGGAUGCACAAGAGCAUGCUCAUCACUAUUACCGUUAUGAACGACCCGAACUGGAACCGCGCGUAUGGGAGGAGCCGACUUCGCGCAAUAUAAACAUUAUCCCAUGCCAGCAGUUCGAGCAUAGGGCCGAGUACCAUUCGGUAGUGACGCAAUACGAUUUGGUGUGCUCGCGUGACAUCCUGGUGUCAGUAACACAAUUCUUCCAUUUAUUUGGCGUCCUCACCGGCGGCAUAUUGGCGAAUCAUCUGCUCAAAUACUUCAGUCCACGUAAUGUGAUGCUCUUCGGCAUGGUAUCGCAGAUAUUCUGUGGCAAUCUGACGGGACUUGUAGCCUCAUACGAGUUACACGUUUUCUUUCGCUGCUUGUCUGCGGUAUGUUGUGCGCAGAUGUACACAGCAGGCGGUGUAAUAAUGGCCGAUAUAACGGGAGGCGUUUAUAAGACUUGCGUUUCGACACUCUUUGAACAGUUCUGGUCAAUAGGUGUUAUACUACUGCCCGGGGUGGCAAGUUUCUUCUCCAGCUGGUCGCAUCUCUAUAUGGCCAUCUCUUGGCCCACUGUGAUACUCAUAUACUUAUGGCGUUGGAUUCCCGAUUCACCCCGCUGGAUGAUACAACGUGGUCGUGUAAUAGACGCUAAAAAUAUUCUCAUGCAAUGUGUUGAGGUGAAUGGCACACGUUACGGUCUUCCGCACGACAUCGAUCAGCAGCUGCAAUUGCAGGCGCAAACCGCUAUGGACGCACCGCCACCGCCAGGCUGGUGGUCGAUAUGGAAGGGUGAAAAUGUCGUGCGCAAUUUGAUUUGUGUACAUUUAGCGUGGUCCCUCUACAUUGUCGUGUACUAUGGCAUGCUGCUGAACAUACGUUCGUUCAGUCGAGAGCAUCUCGAGGUGAACACGGCUGUGGCGGGCUUGAGCGAGAUAAUCGGCACUUUUAUUGGGCUAUUCCUGAUAUUGAAGACUACGCGCAAAUGGUUGUGGACCGGUCUUUUCAAUGUACUGGCCGGACUUAUUGCUUAUCUGGGUUGGCUGGUGCCAACAAACUUACCGUUCGAUGCACGCGUUGCGCUGCUCAUGCUUUCGGCCAUGAUCUCGAAAGUGGCCAUCUCCACCACACUAUCCAUACUCACCACCUGCACCGUUGAGCUAGUAAGUGAGGAUAAGCGCAAGAUUACCGCAUUCUCGGCGAUAUGUUGGGCACGUUUCUGGCUGUUGGGUGCACCAUUUAUCGGCGCUACUGUGAUCUUUGGCAUUAUGGUACCACAAACAGCAUUCGCGUCCCUCGCAAUUAUUGGUGGUGUUUUAACCUCCCUCAUAACAAGUCCGCGUACGAUAAGUAAGAAAGCGCUUGGCGGCAGCAAUCGAGCGACCGCUACACAAGUGGAUGGCAUCGAUAAUAAAGGCUUCUCAACGGGACCGACACUCAAAAAUCCGAUAUUUACCAGUAUUACGAAACUGGCAGCACCCAACUCCAAUUUACCGCCGCAAAUGGUGCCCGGUGUUUGGACGACGAAACAUCAUGAAGACAGUCCACCCGUCUAAUGGCCGACAGAGGUCGCUACUAGUAGUUCGCUUCACACACAAUUAGACUCUAUAAGUAGUAAACUUAAAUAAAUUUUAUUUCGAACAAAUUUAUUUUAACCAUAGCAUAGGUAGAGAAUCGAACUCACUCAUUUUGGAGACCUCGCUUGCGCCGUAUGUUACAAUUCUGUUCACACACUUUUUCUUUGUUAAACAGUUUCCUUAAAAAAGUCAUAAUUAAUAAAUACAGUUAUAGUUCAAAAGAAAUGAGAUAAAGCUAUAAGCAAACAUAUUUAUAUGAAGACAUUAUGUAUAAUAUUAUAUAACUAAUGAACAAAUAUAAAUGUAUAUAUUAGGGUGCUACUUAAGUGGAGAAGGACGGUUUUUAAGGCUCAACCUGACUAUAGUCUGAGUUAUAUAUAUAGUUUUUUUCUUGAUAGGAUAUUAUUGAUGUGUAUCAGAUGCAGGGUUGCAAAUUUUUAACUAAAACAACUGGCGGAAAAAUCAGAUUUUCAGUUUUUAAUUUUAAUGAAAAGGGACAAAAAAGGAAAGAUUUAUAUAUCUCCAAAUAAAAAAUUAAAUAAAAAUAUGACAAAAAAGCUAAAAGUUGUUGAUUUUUUACUAAGCUUUCCUUUUCAAAAAUAAAACGAAGAUUAAAUUGUUUUUGUGUUCAAUCAGGAAUUUGAGAAUAAUAAUUAAAUUUUAAUCCGAUUUUUGGGAUUAAAAUUUUUUUUUCCGGUAUUGGAGAAUUUUUUUUUUUUUGGAUAACGAAUUUAAAAAUUAUUUUUAAUUAAGAUUUUCAGGAUUACAAAAAAAUUUUAUUUAUAUAUAAAUUCAAUUAUUUCUUAUUUGCAAUGCAUAUUUGCAACCCCAUUGGGAGUCUAAGUUUCAAUACCUUUAUCGAAACUAAGAAGAUUCAAAAUUUAUUUUCUCUUAUGCUCAGAAGCGACCCUACGAUCAGUGCGACACACCACAACUAUUUCCUAUCAGUACCAAAUUUUAUGUCAUACCAUGGACUAUAAUAGCAACUGCUCAUAGUUAGAAAAAUAUAAUUUAUUUGACUUUUUAGGAUCUACCCUAAUAUAAUAAAUUAUAAAUAUUAAUUUUGUUCUUAAAAACUAAAUACCUAUCUGAGAAACCAUAUAAUGAGAGUAAGAGAUACAAAUUUAUGAUAUAAGUCUAUUACCUAUAUUAUAAUAAUAUAAAUAUACCAUAUAUGUAUAUACCAAGUUUAGGGAAUUCAUAUGCAAUUAAUUAUGUAUUUCCCACAAAAUGUGUUUUUGAAUUGUUAACUCUUUUGGAAAGAUUUUUAAAUACACAAACCUUAUAUUUUCGAAAACUAAAUACUAUGUCUAAAUUAGUUUAUUCACCAGAAAAUCUUCACUGCAAAACACGCCUUAAAUGCACAAACUCAGCUUGAAUAGAAUUUGAAAUUACAUGCUCAUAAAAUAUCUGCUGUUAAAACGACUGAAAGGAUAUUCAUACAAAAUAGCGGUGCUUUACAAUAUAAAGAAUAUACCAAUUAACUACCAAAUAUAUAUGCAAACAAUUAUAUAUGCACGUGUAUAUGUAUGUAUGUGUGUAAGUAAACUUCAAUUAUAAAAUAUCCACACAUAUGUAGUCCAUUUCAAUUCGUCAAUCACUUCAUCAAUUAUAUGAUUGACAAUGUUAGAUCCGUCCAACUGUUGGUAUAGGUCCUCUUCUCCGUUAUUUUGCAAAUACCAUAGGUGCAAUAAAAGUGACCGAGUCCGAAACACUUUAAGAACUGAAUUCAUAAACUUCAUUCCUCAACCAAAACAGCAGAAUAACCAUCGGCUUAAAUUUUCAAUUCUUUUUAAAUUGUUUAAAUAUUUUAUUACUUUCCAAUUGACUUUUAACCAAGAAUAAAAGAAAGAGAGAUAAGAUCAAUUUUGUAGCGUUACUUUUUUGAAAGUCGUUUGACAGAAAAAUAAUUUAGUUCGUGACGUCACGAACGAAGGGAAAGCAAUUACUGAAAAGUAAUUAACAAGCAGCUUAUUAUGACAGUUAUGCCAAAAGAUGUAUCGCUUUUUGCCUGAGCUUUUCCAUCAGUAGCUUGAAAUCUGACACAGUUAUAAAAAAUGGGCAAUUUUAGCCUUAAAGCAAAAUAUUAGCUCUAGUGUGUAGUCUUUAUUUUAUUAUUUUUAUUUAAAAGGUUUAAAAAUUUAAUAACACUACAUUUCAAUCAUUUUGUCAUCAAAGUUAGGUUUAAGUUUCAGCCAAAUAAAUUUAAACAAAAAAGUGUUAUUUUUCGAAGCCGAAAUAUUUACGACAUACACACAUGCAUACAUAUGGGUACAACAAUUAUAACUGUGUUGCUGGAACUGUUUGCCUCGCACUAUUUGAAACAUAUGUACAUAUGUAUGUACAUAUAUACAAUACAUAAUUCUUCAAUGCACAUCAAGCUUUAGUGAUCUAAACAGAAGUACAAAUAUUAAGUAAUGUGUGUUUGAAUACUAAAACCAAAAAAAAAAAA